AUGGCCACAGUAACGGUGGCAAGAACUUCUCGCACCCCAAAAUUCCCCUCUCACCCACCUCUCCUCCAACCCCCUCAACAAACUCCGGCCGUGGACCCCAACAUGGCGAACCCUCAGCUCCAGAUUAAUCGCGAGGCAAUUUAUGAGCAGAAGCUACCUGGUGAGGCUUAUAUCACGGCUCAUGUGCAACGACUCCAGCACGGCUUUUACCAAAGCUCCGAGGUCUCGGACCCAGUGCGUCCCCAUGUGGAUUUCCUCGCCAUCGACUUCAUUUUUCAUUCUCCUAACACCCAGACUCACCGGUUUAAAGCUGCUACGAUUCGGGCCAAAAUUGAGAACAAUUUCCAGGUCUCAGAUGUCUCCAAUGGUACCUCUGACCAUCCCAACAUGUCCUCUGGAGACCCUUACUUCCUCAUGCACGCGCCCCACCUCAUCUAUGGCACUGUCUCCCCUGAGACUAUGCAGUGGACUUUCAGCCUGGCCGGCUCGCUCGGUAUCUCUGAUACUCCCGUCAGCGCAAGCCUUGUCCCCUCCGGCACCUUGAAGGGUAAAUACCGCCGAUUCGAAAUGAUGCGAAUUCAAGGAUCGGCACGCAAAACUAAGAGCCCCAUCGGACGUAUGUAUGAUGUUGAGGCCGGAGAAGUCGUCUGGUCUAUUGAGGAAAACACCCUGCAGCAAUCUGGUCUCCCUCGCGAAUUCACCUUUGUCAUGCUUGUCCAGAAGCCUACUGCUGAUGCAUGCAUCAGUCUGACCAUUGAGAUCGAUCCCGUGCUGCAGACUUGGCUGGGCAGUUUCCCCAAAUGGGUCCUGUCUCUGCCGAGCUACAAGCCCUUGAAGUGCCGCUCUGUCGACUUCCGCAAGCAGAUCGGCCAACGCUUCGGAUCUAGCUAUGAUGCCCGCUUGGGACGACGUUACAACUUCGCUAGCUUGGUGCAGGCUCUGGACAACUAUGUGACUAUCACUGGCCAAGCCGUUACUCGUAAACUCGAACUGCCUGAGGCCGUGCCUGAGCCCGAGAUCAACCCCAGAACUUACCGUCCUUACAACAGCACCUCUGACAUGAUAAUAAUGAUUGCAAGUCUUCGCCGUCACCUGAUUCUUGAUCUUGAGGCCACCUCUAUUACUGCUCAUUAUGGAGCUGAAUCGGAUGUCACUACUGUGGAUGAAGUCCGAACACGCGCUCGUCGCAGCCCGGUUAUGAUGAUGCCGAACACUGCCUUGCCUAUUGACGGUGACUUUUUCCAAGACUAG